AGGCAUCUUCUGCGUGCGUUUGCUCCAAAAUCCCUCUUCGUCCGAGCCGGCACAGAUGGUCUCCUAUCCGUCUAUGAUGUCAAACAGUUUCAGCUGUUGCAGAAGAAAUAGCCCCGGAUAAAAAAAAGUUUCGAAUGUGAAUACGAGAAGGCAGUGGGAUAAGGAACCUCCCAGACUCCGGUCCGAACAAGGCAUCAUGUAGGGGAGGGGGAAAAGAGACAGAUUAAACCGCAAACAUUUUGAUUGUUCGUGAACUUUUUUACUUCUCUGACACACAAGCUACACACAUGUAAAAACGACAAUAACACAUUUGUAUUAUUUUAUUUUUGCUAAUCUACCAACUAGCCUAUAGUGCGUUCAGAUCAUAAAAUGAGAGCUGAUUGACGAUAGGCUACGUUAUAGUAAAAUACUGGCAGCACUUCUCCGAGCAUUUGCGCAAAAUGACCUGUGUUUUCAGAAGUGGACUGUUUUAAGAUGGGCCAAUGGACCAGUUUCUGAAGAUAAUCACCAGGCACGGCGGCCAAGCAUCUCUAAAAAUAAAAUAAUAAUAAAAAGUAGCAUAAUUGGUACGUAGCCCACUUUGCGACUUGCUAAAAGGAACAACUUCAUAAGUUUUAUAAAGGUUUUAUAAUUCAUCGCUGGAGACCAGCUACGUUGCCACCUAGUCAAGCCUGAUUGAGUACCAGGCGUGUUGCGAUGGCGGUGACCUCCCAGUAACCCCGCUUUCUGCGCGACCCGCCGUCUCUCCCAAAAUGAGUGACCCCUCUCAGCCGCCUCUGGAGGGGACGCCCCCUGGCGUGGCCGAGGUGGACACGUGCCGACUGGCGAUGGACAGGAAGUACGACGUCGUCCCCGCGCUCAUCUGCUCCACCUGCUGCUUGUUCGGAAUCGUCUAUUGCUUCUUUGGGUACCGCUGCUUCAAGGCGGUGAUGUUCCUGUCGGGGCUGAUGUUCGGCUCGGUGGUCAUCUUCCUGCUCUGCUACAAGGAGCGCAUCCUGGAUGUGCCGCUGAGCGUGGAGGCCAGCGCGGGCAUCGGGGUGGGCAUCGGGGCGCUGUGCGGCCUGGUCACCAUGCUGGUGCGCAGUGUGGGCCUCUUCCUGACCGGCCUGCAGCUGGGCCUGCUGCUCGCCAUCGCCGCCCUGCUGGCCGCCAGCCCGUACUACAGCCCGGGCACGGUGUGGGUGCCGCUGGGCACGCUGCUGGGCGCGGGCACCGUGUGCGCCGUCCUGGCGCUGCACUGGCAGCGCCUCUUCACCGUGCUCUCCACCGCCGCCUUCGGGGCGGCCGUCCUGACGGCGUGUGCCGACUACUUUGUGGAGACGCUGGCGCUGGGGGCGCACCUGUACGACCGGCUGCGGAUGACACCCACGGCGCCGCUCUGCUGGUACGGCUGGGUCAUCGCGGGUGUCUGGCCGGUGCUCGGCCUGAUGGGCGUCUUCAUACAGUGGAAGCUGACGGGGGAGGGGUACUCCCACACAGAGGUCAUUGUGAGCCGGCGGCAGAAGCGGGUGCAGCUGAUGAGGAUCCGCCAGAGGGACGCUAAGAAGCGGCAGCAAGCCGGCGGCCAGGAGGGAGUGUACCGCCGCAAGCCGACGCCCAUCAAGCGCUACGCGGGAGACGUGCUGGCGCCGAGUUACCUGCAAAGUCUGAGAGAUCGGCAGAUGGGCACAGGCACCUCUCUGAGCAGCCUGGGCACCGCCAACCACACCCUGAUCGACUUUGACUUUGAGACGGGCUCCACCGUGCCUCUCACGGCCACCACCCCCGUCAUCAGGGUCUGAAAGGGGAAUUUCGGUGCACUCACCAAACCCCCCCGCCGCCCAAAACUUCCGGAAACUCCUCUCAUUUCAUCCCUAGCUACGCUUAAGAACACAGGAAUACACAAUGACUAGAACAAGUCAUUCAGCCCACCUUAACGGCUCAUCAUUAUCACCUACAGGCUACAAGGUAGCCAACCAAGCCUGGACUUGCAGACACCUGCAGGGUCUUUGACCCGAAUACGUUCCUCACACCGAGCCAUCCUAUAGCCCCCCAGCCAAUCGGGACAGACCCACAGCGUGUGAUCACCCCCCCUCACCCUGGGGCAACGGGAAGACGCUGAGCUCAUUCCAAGGGGCCGAAGGGCUGGUGCGUUUCGAAGGAGGGGGGAGAAUUCCAAAAAUGCGGUGCUCUAGGAAGAGACACGGACAUACGCACAAAUGCCGCUUCCUGUUUGAGUCUGAUGUUUAAGGCGUGUAAAGUUAAACAUCCUGCACCUACACUAAGAGGGCAGAGGUGUAAAUGCUUCCUGUGUGUGAUCUGCUCUGCACGUGGGUAGUGAGGACCCAGAAAAUCAUUUUUGAAUCUGCCCUUCAUCUCAGCCCUGAUCCACUCCCUAGAUCCCUGAUCUGUGGAAUGCGUGCCCUGUUUCCCGUCAAUCAAAGCGGUUUACGGACGCAAAGCAGCAUAAAAAACCCACUUCCUUCUCUGCAGGCGAACGCGAGAAUUUGGUGCUUUUGGUGGAAUCGAGAGACCUGUGAUUGGCUCCUGUGCAGUUCAGAUGAGCCAGUAUUCAAGACGGUACAAUGAAGUAGGAGUACAAUGAAUAUGCAAAGACCUGACCACAUCGCACUUACAGGGACUUUGAACCGUUAGGAAGAUCCGUAAUCAUCUGAAUACUGAUGCUAUACUUUAGCACUGUGGUCAGGUUUGCAUCUGUUUUGUAGGAUCUAGUGCCUUUUUACAUGUAGUGCUAGGGCUCCAUGAAAAAGAUAAACGCUCAAUGGCUAACAAUGGUCAGUGUUAACUGACAGCUCAAUCUGAUUACACAUUAGAUGAAAGUUUUUGUUGUUCUUGAGAUGUGGGUACGAAUGUGUGUUAGGGAGGGGGGUUAUCUACAUAAAGACUAAUUUAAUGUGUUUAAAAAAUCUCACUGUUUCUGGAUCACAAAGACUAAUAUACAGUAAAGAAAGAAGACAAAGACAAAGACUAAUACCCAGCAGAGUAUUAUUUUGCCUGUGAAAUGAGUUAAGGUACAAUUGUUCAGUGUUUUUAUUGUUUUCUUUUAUAUACUGAAACUGGUAUGACUGAACAUAAAUGGCACUCUGAUAAUGUGUAUAGAUAAACUAUUAAAAGACAAAAAUUCAAA